AUGGCCCCACCAAUGAAGACUGGUAAACGCAAUCCCUCUUAUUCUUUCCUGGAUCCGAAUCUGGAUUCCCUUGGGUGUUUAGCAAAGAAGAUUACGCUAGAUGAGUCAACCAAUAUCCGAGAAAAAUAUGGGUACAUUCUGAGUCUUCUCAAGAUGCCGUUCACCAAGUACGAGCAAGAGGGAGUUCAUACUUUGCUUCAGUUCUAUAAUCCUUCCCUUCGCUGCUUCACGUUCACCGACUACCUCUUGGUUCCGACAUUAGAAGAGUAUUCCCUAUUUCUUGGCGUUCCUAUAAAGAGGGAAGUACCAUACUAUGGCACCAUGAAGGCCCCUGAUUCCAUUGAAAUUGCUAAGGCUCUUUAUUUGAGCAAAUCGGUCGUGGAAGCAAAUCUCACUAAGAAGAGAGGAGGUCUUGGUUUUUGCAUGGAGUUUCUGGUCAAAAGGGGUUGUGAUGCUGCUGAAGCGAAAGAAUGGGACACAUUUAGGGCUAUCUUGGCUCUAAGUAUCUAUGGUAUCAUGAUGUCACAUCUGCCUGAGCGUGGCGCUUUCGUCGAUAAUAGGCACACAUUUAAGUGGGCUGAAAGGAUUAUGGGGCUUAGGGCCAAAGAUAUUGUCUGGUACAACAGAUCUUUAGAUGACAUGGAAGUUAUUAUGAGUUGCGGGAAGUUCAAAAAUGUACCUCUCAUGGGUCGUAGAGGUGGAAUCAACUAUAAUCCCGUCCUGGCUAGGAGAACGUUUGGAUACGCUUUUGUAAGUCCUCCUGAACAAACAGAGAUUGCUGAGAAUAUUUUCUAUCAUUCAGCCACUGACAGUGGGCAAAUGGCAGAAGCUGCCCAAGCUUGGAAGAGUAUUUGUUGGAGAGAUAAGAAACAUUUUGGUCAGAGAGACUGUGCUACUUAUGAGGAUUAUACUAAUUGGGUCAAAUCUGUUGCUGAUACUCAAGGGAUGCCUUUCUCCCCUCAAGACCUUUUGUACCCCCUGCUGGUAAACAACCCAACAUUGUUUCCAUGCCCCGUUACAACCAAACUGUGGAAGAGAAUCGAAAAUUGA